AAUCAUAUUUCUUGCCUCCUCUCCCUAUAUCUCAGCGAAGCCAACCCCGACACCCGUCAUUUUCUUCCCUUCCCACUUAAAAAAAAGAAUCGAAAACAGUUCCGAAACUAUAAAGAAAAGGAAAAAGAAAGUGAAAGUUUUGGGAACACACAUUUGUCGAACAAAAGCAACAGACCUUGGACAUGGCUGGGUACAGACCUGAAGAUGAUUAUGAUUAUUUGUUCAAACUUGUUCUGAUCGGUGAUUCCGGUGUGGGCAAAUCUAACCUGCUCUCAAGGUUCACCAGGAACGAGUUCAAUCUGGAGUCCAAGUCUACUAUUGGCGUUGAGUUUGCUACCAAGAGUUUGAGUAUUGAUGGCAAAGUCAUCAAGGCUCAGAUUUGGGACACUGCUGGCCAAGAAAGGUAUCGAGCAAUUACUAGUGCAUACUAUCGAGGAGCUGUUGGUGCUUUGCUUGUCUAUGAUGUCACAAGACAUGCUACAUUUGAGAGUGUUGGGAGGUGGUUGAAGGAAUUGCGGGAGCAUACAGAUCCAAACAUUGUGGUCAUGCUCAUUGGCAACAAGUCAGAUCUACGACAUCUUGUAGCUGUCUCGGCAGAGGAUGGCAAGGCUUUUGCGGAGAGGGAAUCCCUGUAUUUCAUGGAGACUUCCGCAUUGGAUGCAACCAACGUAGAAAAUGCUUUUACUGAGGUUCUUACCCAGAUAUACCGAAUUGUGAGCAAGAGGGCUGUUGAGGCAGGUGGUGAUGACGGUGCUCCUUCUGUUCCGUCCAAAGGGGAGACGAUUAAUGUCAAGGAGGAUAACUCCAUGUUCAAGAAAAUUGGAUGUUGCUCAAAUUAGGCCUGUUUUUCUAGAUUAUGGUUUUCUUACUGCAUCUUUAUUUCUUGUACAUGAGCAUAUCUAUCUUAAGAACCGAAACUAGUCUGUUGCUGGAAAAUUGACGAAAUGACCUCUUAUGAAGGAUUGUUCCGAACACAUACAAUUGAUAACUAAACAUUUAUCUUGUAUUUUUCAUUUUAAAGUUUCAGUUUGUCGAGUCAUAGACAAAGGGGUUGUGUUUAAUGCUUUCAACCGUUGUCUCUUACUUGGAUGGAUGUAUUGUCAGAAAUCUAAAGAUUAAUACUCUUUGGUUUAACGGUUUGAAAACAACCUGUAAGUAAUAGGGUAUAGUUUUCUAGCCUGUAAAGAGAUUGGUGUAUUUUUUAGCAUGUAAGAAGGCCCCUUUACUGAAUUUUUCCAAGUAUUAUCAGUGAUAAAUAAACAAUGGAAGAAAUU